AUGUCGUUCGCCUCGUCGAACGAUUGGAACGAAACCUUGUCGAUGAUGGGAUUGAACUCGACCAUGAUGGUGCCUCACGUUGUUUUGAAUCCGCCAAAGAGACACGUGGCUCUGGCUUCUCAGGUGGUGCUCACCCUUGUGUACAUAACCGGUGUGAUCGGCAACGUGUCGGCUCUAGUCAUUCUCUUUCAUCGUGAUAAGAGGAGAAAUCGAAAACACUUGCUGAUGUUGCGUUGUUUGGCCACAAACGAUCUUGUCGCGUUGUUGGGGAUGCUGAUACAGAUGUACAUCACAAUUUACGUGGGCAGCGUGAUAUCCACGAGAGGGUUUUGUUCUCUCCGAGUUGUUUGGAGACUAUUCGGUUUGUUUAGCGGCUGCGUUGCCAUCGUAAUGGCUGCUGAAAGGUGGCUGGCCUUGACGAGACCCUUCGUUUAUCAAAAGCAGGUGACGUAUCCGAUAAUUGUACGUUGUAUGCUGGUCCUUUGGCUGGUUGCUCUAGCGUUGACGAGCCUUCCAGUUUUGGGUUUUGGUUUGUACUACAAGGGCGAAAGAUGCGUUCGAUACAGAGAAGCCACCGAGCCGGCCGACAUCGCGUACGCUUACGUUUGGUUUGUCUUCGGGACGGUACUCUGUCUGUCGAUAGUCUGGUGCAAUUUAGCCGUUUCCAGAGCACUUAGCAGGCUAAGUCGGAAGGCUGGUGCUCUUCGACGCGUAACGAGAUCUUCCUCGAGAGCGAAACCACUUUUGACGGUGGCUGGACCGCCGUCAGAAGUCGUCGCGACCGCCGAGGAAAGAGCGUUCGCGAGAUUGAUGGCGGUGCUAUCCAUAUCGUUUGUUAUCUGUUGGAUGCCACAAAUGAUAUCAAUUCCAUUGGCACAAUUUGCGAUGCAAUUACCUCAAAAAGCGAUACUCGCACGGAAAGUGAUUCGCAUGUUUCACGUGGCAGCCGAUAUCCUUCUUUGUAUUCAUUUCACCUUGGAUCCAUACAUCUACGUGCUAUUGAGGAUGCCUAGGCCGAGAUUCUGCCUUCUGAAACCCCUCUGCAAGAUCUGCUGGCCAGGCAGAAGCCGAUCGAGUUCGUUCACAGGAACUACGGAUCACCAGGGUAGCAGUGGCGGUGAUCCAUCGACGCCGAUCACCGAGGCACCCUCCACCCCCGUCAGCGAGGAACACGAUCCCCAUUUGGUAGCAGUAUCGGUCUGAGACAGGC